UUCCGUCCGAAACAUUUUCCUUUGUAAUUUGAUAGUCGACCGUAAUUCGUGUAAUAAACUCACUUUUUAGGGAAGCCCAAAAAGUUUUCGUGCAAUUAAGCACAGUAGCCUUGAGGUGCCACAUCACAAAAUAUGGAAUUUAUACGGAGGAAAAUGAAGACUAUUGUUUUUCUGAAUGCACUGGCGACAGUUGUUUGGUGUGCCCCUUCGCUCUGCGACCCUGAAGACGAAUUUCUAGGUAUCUUUUGCAAAGAACCAGAACCAGAACAACCCAAGUGCAUGGACAUCAUGAUGAACUAUUGCGACGACAUGUCCUAUACCCACACCGUGUUCCCCAACAUCCUGGGCCACAGGACCCGCGAGGAGGCCGAGCUGGGCCCCGAGUACCUCCUCGUCAGUGUGGUCCACAACUUGCUCAAUGGAGAGUGCACUCCGGAUAUCCGCAUGCUAGGCUGUUCAGUGCUGGUGCCUCGCUGCGAGAAGGAGAAGGUGCUGAAGCCGUGCAGGAGUACCUGCGAGGCUGUGAGGAAGAACUGUUACCACGCCUUCGAGGGCAUCGAGAUGGCCUGGCCAUACUUCCUGGACUGUGACCGCUUCUUUGUCAGUGACCAGGAGGGCUGUUACGACCCACUGGAGGGCUUACGAGCGAUACAGGAAGAAGGUAAUACCCCUGAGAAGCCUCAUACUGUCAUCCAGUUUAGCUAUCAGUCUAACGCCCAGAUGAACAGCAUCCUGAAGAAGACUGCAGCACGAUGCCCCGAAAUCGCCACAACUUACAGCAUCGGCCGCAGUGUGGAGGGCAAAGACCUGCUAGUGAUCGAGUUCUCAAACAACCCUGGAGUACAUGAAUUGCUUGAACCAGAGAUGAAGUACAUAGGAAACAUGCAUGGGAACGAGGUGCUGGGUCGUCAGCUGUUGAUCUACCUGGCCCAGUACCUGUGUUCAGAGUACCUGCUGGGGAACCGGCGCAUCCAGAGCCUGAUCAACACCACGCGUAUCCACAUCCUGCCCUCCAUGAACCCAGACGGGUACGAGCUAGCUGCCGCCGAGCUCCAGGACACCACCGACCCUGAGAACGAGGAGGCUCAGAACUACAACAGCUGGACCCUGGGUCGAGGCAACGCCCAGAACAUUGACCUGAACAGGAACUUCCCUGACCUGACUACGAUCGUUUACAGCCGGCGCAGACACAGACGUUUCCGUAGCAACCACAUCCCAAUCCCAGACGCUUACUGGUUUGGUAAGGUAGCUCCAGAGACAUACGCAGUCAUGAAGUGGAUCAGAUCCUUUCCCUUUGUGCUCUCAGCUAACUUCCACGGAGGGGAGUUGUUGGUGUCCUACCCCUACGACCUCUCCAAACACCCACUAGAGCAGAAGAUGUUCUCCCCCACGCCAGAUGAACAGGUAUUCAAGCAGAUAGCGAGAACAUAUGCAGAUGCCCAUGCCACCAUGUCCGAAGGAAACUCUGGAAGGUGUGAGAACUUUGGCAGCAUCGGCCAGGACGGCAUCAUAAAUGGAGCAUGGUGGUACAGCUUUGCAGGUGGUAUGCAGGACUUCAACUACCUCCACACUAACUGUUUUGAGGUGACGGUGGAGUUGGGCUGUGAUAAGUUCCCAGCUGAGGAGGAGUUAUACACUGGCUGGAAGGACAACAAAGAGGCUCUGCUCACAUUCAUGGAGUCGGUGAGAGACUUUAAAGCCAGCAUUUCAUUCCAAAACAUCACUCCCUUUCACAAAUCUGAGACGAGUUCUCCACUAACCCUGCGUCUCAAUGUUUACCAGGUCCACCGUGGAAUAAAGGGAAUAGUAAAGGAUGAGGACGGGAAUGGAAUCAAAGGGGCAAGGAUAUCUGUCAGAGGAAUAAGGCAUGACAUCACCACAGCUGAAAACGGAGACUACUGGCGCUUGCUAACCGCCGGCAUCCACAUCCUGACUGCGUCUGCACCAGGCUACACCAGAGCCAUGAAAAAGAUCCACCUCCCGGCACGCAUGCAGAAAGCAGGCCGGGUGGACUUUGUCCUGCAGAAGGCUGUGGUGGAGCCUGACAUGGAGGAGGACUAUAGAAUCCCGUCCAUGGGGACCUAUGAGCACUUCGACCCCUACAACCAGUUUGAGCGCUACACCAUUAGCGAACAGAACCAGAACGGAGAGGAGGGGCAGGAGAAACCGUGGUGGUGGAGCUACUUUAGCAACGCCCAUGGCUCCACCCCCACCUGGCUUCUCAGAAACUAGCUCCUCCCCUGAAUAUACAUAGAAUCCUCUAUGGAUCCCACUAUAGCCUCCUUUCUCAACUCUGGUCGCCGAUUACCAUCAAGGGUUGCACAUACCUCCUACAGGUCAAUACUAGCACACCUAAUUCAAUUAAUCAAGGGCUUGAUGAUUAGUUCAAUCACGUGUGCUUAUAUAAGGGUGGAACAAAAAUGUGCAACCGGGGGUACUCCAGGACACUGCCCUACAUGAUCAAAGACGGGUUACUAUUUAAGUUGAAUAUGAUUUACAUAAUGCUAUCAUACAAGUGUCACAUUUUAGCAUUACCAUUAUUAUCCAUUGCUGCAAACCUGUCGUAACUGAAGCAUGAUAGCAAUAUGUAAUCUUAAUACGUCAUAGUUCAUGUAAAGUGUUUUCUCCUAAAGCUAGCCUCCAUUUUACAAGCGUUUGCCUUGUUAAACUGCUUCACUUUAUGACCAUAAUGCAACACAGGAAGGUUGAAAAGCUUCGACGAUUUGUCUCUCCACCCGCACAUAUCUGUACUUGUUUACAAUAAAACAUUAUUAAAGAACA